GUUUCAGUUAGGUUAGUGAUUUUUUUUAUAUAAUAUUUUUAAAAAAGAACAAAAACAUCAUCAACAUUGUGAAAGUGCCAGUGUUAAUCAUGUACAAAUCUCCUCGAUUUAGACAGUUUGUUAUAAUAGGUAUAGUGAACCUGACCAUGAUAACAACUGGGAUGAGUCUGUCAUGGUCAUCGCCAGUGCUGGUCAAACUCCGCAACGCCACGGAAACGCCUUUACGUCGACCAAUAACCGAUGAGGAGGGAUCAUGGAUAGUUUCCAUUGCAUCACUAUGCAACAUAUUCACUCUUAGUGUCCUUGGUAUGCUACAAGACUACAUCGGUAGAAAGUACUGCGUACUACUGACCUGUAUACCGAAGGUGUUAAUGAGCAUUCUUUUCAUCUUCGUGAAGGAUGUGUGGGUAUUGAUUUUGGGACGUGCUAUCAUUGGCAUUUCGGAUUACUUCUUGCUUACGAUUGUUCCAGUUUAUGCUUCGGAAAUCUCUGAUAAACACCUGCGUGGAGCUCUCUGCACAUUUCUUCAAGUAUUUUCCUCAAUCGGUUGUAUCCUGACAAUGUCGAUUGGCCCGUUUGUCUCAUAUACCACAUUUAGUAUAGUAUUUGCUGUGUUAAACCUCAUUACUAGUAUUCCGAUAUUAUUCUUGCCUGAUAGUCCAUACUUCUUGCAUUCUAAAGGAAAGACCGACGAAGCAAUUAAAAUCUUAAAAUCCAUUCAUGGUUCCGAACAAGUGGCUAAAGAAGAGAUUAUUAUGUACGCGUCUUCAAUGAAUAAUGAGAAAGUUAAUAAAAUGAAAUUAAUCAAGAAUACAAUAUUCUUAAAAUCGCUUUGUAUAUCUGUGGUGUUUGCAUUUUCUACACAACUAGUUGGAUUCACAGCGGUGUCGUUUUAUUUGCAAACGAUAUUGGAAUCUACAAAGACUAAUGUAAUGCCAGAAGUGGCAUCGGUAAUAAUGAGUUUGAUUCAACUGUUUGCAAGCUUUUGUUCGACACCAGCAACUCAUUGGUUUAAAAGAAGGCACAUAUUAAUGAUAUCUUUCUCUGGUAUUCUUAUAGGAAUGGUCGGUUUAGGUGCAUUUUUUAAAGUACGUGAGAACGGGAAUGAGAUAUCCGGUUUUAUGAAUUAUUUACCGUUGAUAUCGUUGUUUUUGGUAAUAUUUUGUUACAGCGCAGGUAUAGGAACGUUACUAUGGAUAUUAGUGGCGGAGUUGUUCGACGGUCCAGCGAGAGCACUUGGCGCUGGAAUCAGCAUAAUGUUUGCUGCUUUGGGCAUUUUCAUUAGUUCCAAAUAUCUGGUUGCGUUAACAACUGCGGUCGGCCCAGCUAUAACGUAUUGGUGUUUUGCUGUUGUUUGCGCAUUGAGUUGCUUGUUUACGUUUUACUGUAUACCAGAAACUAAAGGGAAAACGUUUAAUGAAAUACAAAUGGCUAUUGCUGGGCAAAAAGAGAAAUAAAGAGUAGUUAACUUUACUACACUUUAAGAUUAAUGUCUU